AAUAUCUUCUAUGUGAGCAUUUAAAUGCAAAUCUCCUCCAAAUCCUCAUGACAUCAUGCUGUGUUUCUUCUUAAGGUUUUUUCGUGGCUCCACAGUCUCAGCAGCAGUAGCAGUGAAACGUCCUGAUCUCCGUGAACCUGGCUCAGGUCGGAGAUUCACCUGUCUUCGUUUAAAGAACAGGAAACUCCAACAACCAGCAACUGGACUACAGCUGUUGAUCCAGGUUCACACUGGGAGCCAGAUAAUUCCCAAUACAAACUGGUUCAACUUUAAUCCAGGAACUGUUUCAGUAAUGGCGGACCUUUGCUGCCAACGCUGAAAACAAAGAAAAAAGGAAGUAAGAGAACAAGAAUAAGCUGGAAUAGCAGCAUAUUGGAACGAUGGGAAAACUCAUCUACCCAGAGAACAUCACUGUACAAAUUUAAAGUAAGAAAAAAGUUUAAAGUAGUCCCAAAAGAACUCUGCGGGUUGGAACAUACUUCCAUUCCUCAACUUCCAAAAGGAUCCUGCAUUUAUUCUUUCUUCAUGACAACUGGAGAGACAUGAAGCCUUCCAGGUCUUUCACUACUCUCAGCACCAUUGCCAUCCAGGCUGGCCAAUCACAGAUUGUUGUGUCUGUCCUUAAGAGUGGGUCACUGGUCCACCUCCAGUUGGUCCAGGUUCAUCCAGGUCUCUGUGAGAUCGGAUCAAACAAGGAAGAAAACCAGACAAUGAUCCAGGAACAGCAGCAACUGAUGGAAAAACUCAAGAAACAUGAGAGGGAAGUGCUGGCUGUGGUGGAGAAAAACCGAAAUAAGUGGGAUGAAGGAGUGAUGGAGAGGAGGAGCAGGAAACAGGAGGAAGAGCAGGAGGUGUACAAGGCCAUGGUGGUAUCUCUGAAUGAGGGAUGGUUGCUGCUCCUCCGUCUGCUAGAGAGACGACAGGAGGUCCUGACGCUGGCCUCUGACUUCUACUGCAGAGCACAGGAGUUUGCUGUCAGUGUCGACAGAGUCGAGGAUCUGCAGGUCAGACCAGACAACGACAGACUGACUGAAGUGCAGCUCACAUACGACUCCAUGAGGAGAGAUCUUCUGGGGAAAUCCCUGCAAGUUUUAACCAGCAGCAGCGUUCUGCUGCAGAAACUCAGACAGCUGCAGAGGAUUGAAGCCGUCCAGAGGAGAGGAGAAGUACUACAGGAUGAGGACGAGGAGGAGAGCUCCCAGAGUUCCCAGUGCAGCAGGGGGGUGGCGUUGAGGCUGGAGGAGCUGAUGGAGACGCUGCAGGAUCGAAGGAGGAGAGCGGACCUGGCCGUCAGGCUGCAGCUCCAACAGGCGGAGAACAGCAUCAUGAGCCGCAAGAGAGAACAAGAGGCCAGACACACCAGUUCAGAACAGGACUGGAGUCUCACAGUUGACGAGAUGCUGGAGGUUGUGUCCGCAUCAGAUCCAAAGCCUGAAUCUAGAUCAGAAGACACCGGACACACAGAUUCCAGAUCGAAGGAGACCAGAGGCAUUCAGUCUGGAUCCAGACCAGAUCUGAAGCUUACAUCCACUUCAGAUGAGAGUGGAAACCUGCAGUUGGGAUCCAGAUCAGAGGCUGAAGAACUCAAUUUGUCUGAACUGAGCAGGAAGCAGGAAGAGACCAAACAGCAGAGAGCUACCACAACUUCUACAAGUGGGCAGGUGGCAGGACAGCAGAGGAUGCUGGGAAAUGAGGAGGAGCAAAAGGAGACUCAAAGUGAAGACUGUGCUCACCAUGACCUGACCAAUCAGAGACAACAGCUGCUGCUGUCAUGUGAACACCUUGUGGACAAGGUCUUGAGCUGGGUACAGCAGAGCAGCAGUGUGUUGUCCAACAGCUAUGAAGCAGGACGGCAACUCCAUGAGGCAGAGGACACUCUGAACACACACCUACUGCUGCACACACAGGCUAAGGCUGCAGGUCGCAAUGCAGAGAACAUGAAGCAGAUCGUGGAUCAGAUCAGAACUCUGCACACAGAUGUGACCAGCAAAACUAGUUCUCAACCUCCCAGUGAAACCAGCAGACAGCCGUCCCUCCUGAAGACCCUGACAGAGCAGCUGAAGAGAGGCAGCACAGGCAAAUGGACCAGAACCAGCACCACUCAGCCCAAUCUGCCGGCUAAUGACCCAACUGGUUGUUUGAGUCCUGAACUUGCUGGUCGGGUUGAUCUGGUUCUGGAGGAGCUGCAGACUCUGAACCAGAAGAUCGACUCAAACCUGCAGCUGCUGAAACCCUAUGUCACUUUCCUCAGGACAGCACAGCAGGUGGAGGAGGAGAUGGCAGAACUGAGGGAGAUCUACAGCAGAGGAUCAGAGAAGGAAGAAGAAGAGGAGUGGGAAGCUGGCAAUAGUAACAUCAGGACAACUACCAGUUCCAGGUCAUCAGUGAAGAAGAAGCAGACCAGUGCCCACUGGCAGGAAAUGACACAGAGCGUCCUCACUGCUCAGGAACUGGGAAACAACUACAUCCAUACUGUUAGCACGGUGUCAGGGGCGGCCUUAAACCUACAGUGUAUGGUGUCGGUGGUUCAGCAGACAGUGGAGCGACUCAGCCAAACCAAACAGGAGGUGAACGAUCUGCGGAGUUACCAGCAAAUCAAGAUCCAGCAGCAACAAGACGACAUGAAGAACUGCAGGAAAUACCAGGAGAGACUGCUCAAGACCCGGCAGGACCUGAACUGUGUCUCUGAGCUGCUGGACUCCUGCACUCUGAUGGAUCUGGGUUCAGAACUGCAGACCUCGAGGCUGCUGGAGCGCUUCAGCCAGGCCAAACCACAUUUUAUUCAACUAGAUGCUGAAGCAGAGUUCAUGGUGAAGCACUGGGAGACUCUAAAAAGAGUCCAGCACAGGCUGGAGCUGAAGGAGGAGGAUGUAUCAGAGCUGCUGAAGCUCCAUCAGCGAGUGAAGGAGAAGAUCCAGCAGAGCGAGUCAAUCCUGAGCCUGGCUAGCAAUUUCCACCUCACAGCCAAACAGCUAGAGGCGCUGCUCCAGUCAGACCCUGCAGGCCUUUUAAAGAGUUCAACUGGUUUAUGUGGAGCCAGUGAGGUCAAGCUGAGAGAGGACCAACAGCAGAUCCAGAAUCUUUUUAACACGGUUUCAACACUGAAGACAGAUAUCUGCACCGCCAUCACCAACAGUGGUUCUCCAUGUUUCAGAGUGGAGCAGCUGGAGGCUCGUCUUCUCUGUCUGGACUCUCUCUGUGUCUCAUGGCUGAAUGAAGCAGCUCAAUGUGAGGAGAAGCUCCGCAGAGAGCUGCUGACUCGCCUGUUCAACAAUGACUUCAACCAGCUUCGUGACUCCUUUAAGGAGCUGAAGAAGCGCUUCAGCAACCUCAAGUUUAACUACCUAAAGAGAAACGACAGGACCAGGAACGUGAAGGCCGUGAGGAACCAGCUGCAACAGGUGGAGGCGUACGAGGAGAAGCUGCAGGCACUCAGGAAGCGUCUGCAGGGUGUGACGGCCCGGCUGGGGUCAGAGAUUAAGGAUGGAGGCGUGGUCCGGGAGGCAGAGGAUGCCAUCAACGAGCUGCAGAGACAGAUGAGAGAGUUUGAGCAAAGUGUCGGUGAACACCGAAAAACGCUGGACAUGACCUGCAGACUGCAGCAAGCCAUGGAAGAGUAUCAGUUCUGGUGUGAGGAUGCCAGUGCGACCAUCGCUCGUGUCGGGAAGUUUUCCUCCGAGUGUCGCAGCACAGAAGCCGUCUCUGUCCUCCACCGGCAGUUUGAGAAGUUCGUCUGGCCGACGGUUCCUCAGCAGGAGGAGAGGAUCAGUCAGAUCACUGAGCUGGCUGUCAGACUGCACGGUGUGGAGGAGGGACGGCGGUACAUAGAGAAGACAGUCAGAAAACACUCAGAGAUGGUGGAAUCCAUCAGAGAGCUGAGUGACGGGCUGUUGGAGCUGGAGGCCAAACUGAAGCUGGAGAAUCUCAAACAGCAGCAGAACGUUGAAGAGAAGGAAAUAAAGGAAGAAACGCAGCGAAGGAGCGAGAAUGAGACAGAAGAGAAAGAUGAAGAGAAAGAGAAGGAGUUGAAAGAAGACAGAAAGAUGAAAAAGAAGGAACAGAAAGAUAACCGCAGCACACAGGAGGCCGCUGACAUGUAUGAGCUGAAGGAGACAGGUCACACUCCCGAACUGACCACUGAGCAUGAUGGGAAGGAGGUGCCUGUGAAGAGGCAAACUGCAACCAAUAGAAAGCCUCCGUUACAGAAAAGUCGCAGCCAGGAGGCAGACAAACAGACGGACACACAGACAGUCAUCUCAGAGAGCAGCCAAAGACAGGGGUUCACCUCCUCCUCUGCAGAGGAGCGUCAUACAUCCUCCUACUGUUCCACGCACACCUUCAGCCUCUGCCAGUCCCCAGUGGGAGCCAGCCGGCGGGUCCACGCCGUCCAAAGCCAAUUACAGCUUUCCACCACUGAUCCCCAAGUCACACCCCCAUCUGUGAAUGGCCCAUUGUUUGCUGACAUCCAGCAGGAGUUUCAGAGGAAAGAGACGCAAGAAACAGGACAGCAGACGACCUCUCUGUCCCGUGAAUCAAACACAACACCACUGCAGGAUGUAUCGGAGGUGGAGCUCCAGCAUGAGGAAGUGAUGACGGAGGAUUCUCUGUCCAAUGAUGAGUAUGAGUGCGCAUCACCUGAUGACAUUUCCCUACCACCACUGGCAGAGACACCAGAGUCCAUAGCGGUCCAAUCAGACGUUGAGGAGAGCUUCUGUUUUAGUUCCCACAGCAUCCACAUCAAUCAGCACAGCCACCAGUACCAUACCCUGCCAGAGCACAGUGUAACUGGAAAUGUUACUGGUGCAGUCCGACAACAGAGAGAGUCCAGCGAGACAGAGAGGUGUCCAACUCCUCCCACCUGCCUUCACAGCAGUGCCAGGUUCAGAACUGAGUCCAGCUCAUUUGGCCAGAGUCCACUGACAGUUCCUGCUCCAAGUCUGCUUACCAGCACUCUGUGCACCAUUCUCAGGACUGGAGAGACUAGCACAGCCAACUUCCCCCAGAGUGCUCACCUUUCUGUGGGCUGCCCUGAACUGAGCUUCUUUUCAGGAUUCAACCCACUCCACAAGAGCAACAUGCCAGACAACAAGGACAACAAUGUCCUUGAGAGAAGGAGCCCCUCACAAACUGAACACUUCUUAAAGGAGCACAGCAGGCAGAAUGGACAGCCUCAGAGCAGUUCCAGUAAGGGUAAGAUCACCAAAAAUGCUGCAUCAAAAAGUGAAACCUUGCCACGUACUGAUCUCAUUCCUCAGGCUGCAGAGCUCAAUCAGACCCCCUCUGUCCCCCAGUCCAGCUAUCAUCCGCAGCCCUUUAAUGGUGAAGACCCUGAUCUCCACAAGGACAGGACCCCUCCAAAAGACAUGGGGUUCCUAAAAUUCAGCACUAGUACUACUCAAACCACAACUGCCAAUUGUCAAGACAACAGUUUUUCACAGUCCUUCGCUGGCUCCAAGAGUGGCCUCCAUCACAACAUAAAUACCCAGAAGACCAUUUGCUCCCAGUCUUCAGAUAGUCAUCGCACCUUGGAACAGACUAGCAACAGCGUCAUUUCCCCCCAAGAAAGCCCCUUGUCUCAGGUUGAGACUAUGCCACAGAUCAAUCCACCCCUGCAGACCGGAGGGUUUGCUCAGAGCCCCAGCAACACAGUUCCAGGAGACACUGGGCUCAUCAAAUCCUGUACAACCUGCCCCCAAACCAGCACAGUCAUCCAUACAGACAGUCCACAGUCUUACCCAGAGUCCAGGAGUGGCCUUGAUCAGAAUGUGAAUUCCUUACAAACCAGCAAGGAAGCACCUUCAGUCUCUGUGCCCCAAAGCAGCAGCCUUACCAAAACCACUACUGUCACCCAACAAAUUGUUUACUGCCAGUCAUCUGCUUCAGACAGUCAUUGCAAUGUGCCUCAGGCUAGCAGUGAUCUUAGGUCACAGCAAGAAAGGCCAGUCUCCCAGGGUAGUGGAGGUCUACCUGGGGUCCUUCAUGCCCCUAUCCCUCCAGAGCCAAACAGUGUCAGUAACAUAUCCAGCAAUACCAUCACGGGCAGUAAGAUAUUCAACAGCAAGCAGAGCCACCAGACAGUCUACUCCCUCCAUGAGUCCUUGGCUUCUACCUGUACCCAGCAGUUUGUGCAUGACCCUGGCAUGAACCCCAGCAGCCCCGCCCAGCUCGCUGCUCCUCCUCAGCCCGAGGCACAGACCAAAGCUUUGGCUCAGCAGGCUAACCUGCAUGUCACCCCCCCUUCCUCUUCAUCUCAUCUACUAACUCCAGAUCAAGACCCAGACAUUUGUCAGCCCAUGGCUAUCCGCGAGGAGAUAAGGCUUACUCCCCAGAUCCAAGGGCCUCCCCUUCCUGCUCCUUCUCCUCUGCCCCAGGCCCAGACAGAGGCUCUUCCCCAGGGAAAAGCCUCUAAAUCUGGCCCACCCUGCUUCACCAGGCCCCUGUCUAGAGCUACUGUCAUGGAGGGCUCUCCAGUGACGCUAGAGGUGGAGGUGACGGGACACCCAGAGCCCAUGCUCACCUGGUUUAAAGAAGGAGAGGUGUCAGCCACCGGCCCUGGCCGAGCACUGGCCUGUGAGGAUGGAAAACAAUUCCUGUUUAUCCCAGAGGCGUUGGAUGGCGGGUUAUACAAGGCCCAAUACCCCAGCUACCAUGACUGCAGCGAUGGCAGCAAGACAGAUGAUGAUAGGUGGCUGGUGGCCGAAGUGUUUGACAUCAUUAAUGUGGACUGGCAGACCUGGUUUGGUACACUGUGUGUUCUGCUGUGGCUGCUCUACCUGAUAAUACUUUAAUACACACACACACACACACACACACACACACACACACACACACACACACACACACUGUCCUGAUUCUUUUUAUUAAAGUCAAAUUGAAUUCUCCACACUUUUUGCAUAAACAAAUGUAAACCAUCAUGUCAUAUCAUUUCAUUCAUGUUAUUUUAUGACCUGUUGAGUCUUCAGCAGCUCCUGCACACUCAGUGCUGUGGUUGUCUUGCAUCAUAGAGAGGAGGGGUGGGGGGGUUAGCUUAGCAUUAGCUUGCUCUGUUUCAUGGGUCCAGAUGUGGUAGUGGAAAAUAGACUGCAGCGAUGGGUAGUCCUCUAACUUCAUUUUUAGUGCCCACCCACACAGAUAUUGGACCAAUCAAAUUACAGUACUGAUAUCAUCAGUCAUAACAAAAACUUCACCUCUCAUUGACACUACUGUAGGAGGCAUUGGCACUGCAGAACAAUGGAUACAAUUUAAAUUUCUUAAAUAAGUACAUAAGUCAAUACUGAUUUCUUAGCGGACAUUAUUUUUUAAUUGCAGUUUGACUUUGAGUCACAAUGAAAACAUAUACUUUCUAAUAAUUUUAAUCAACUUUCAGAGGAGGUCAUCAUACAAUGUACAAAAUAAUUUUAGAACUGUCUAAAUGUUGGGGUCUGGAGAAUUUGGGGACCUGAAAACAAGAUUGAGGGCCAGAAAAAAGAUGGGUAACCUGGUGUAAUCCCUGAGUAAUCACUGUGUUCCCUGUUAUAUAGUUUUUUUAACAAGUGUUCUUCUCAUUGGACUUAAAUCGGGUUUCAGUUCAUCUCCUAUGUCGUCAUCACCUUUUCUCCAGGUGGAGUGGUGCAGACAUGCAAUGUUAAUAUUAAUGACAGAUUACGGUGAAGCUUUAACACGUUUUAUUUGUGGGUUACUGGAGUCACAGAAUCCUCAUUUAAAUCUGGAACCACAAAGCAGCAGAGUGCAACAGACUGAAACGGCUUUGAAUCAAGGCGAACACAUCCGCAAACAUGUUUAUUUAAAACCAACAGAAACGUAUUACUGCCAGGAAAAAAACAAAAAAAAACUCUGACGAUAAAGUUAAGUAAAUUAAUGAAUGACCCAAAAAACAGCAUAAUAAUAAAUAAAUAAAUAAAUAAAUAAAUAUAAAUUAUCUUGUACUGAGCUGAAUUCAUGAGAUGAGUCAAAAUUGUCUACUUUUUAAAUUAAAUUUAUGUGAUAGUCAUAAUUUUGAGAUAGUAAGUUAAAAUGAUGAGACUGAGUCAGAAUUUUUAUUUAGGACUUAAACAUAUUUCAUGGUCAUAAUUCUUACUUUAUAAUUUUGAUUUUCUUAGUCCAAAGAAUACUAAGUUGUGAUCUUAAAACAGUAAGCCAUCAUUAUAAGACACUUUUUAGGUCAAACUUAAAAGUUAUGAUAUAUUAAAUGAUAAUUUAGUAUCACGUAAUAAGUCAAAAUAUACUAAGUCAAAAUACAUUAAAUGACUCACUACAAGUCAUAAUUUUGAGAUAGUGCAAUCUCUUAGUAAGAGAUACUAAGUCCAAAGUUUGACUUUCUAAAUCAAAAUGAUGAGAUACUGAAUCAUAACUUUGAGAUUGUACACAUAGUAGGUUUGAUUUAAGAAGUCAAUAUUUUGAGCUAUCUCAAAAUAUUGACUCAACUGACAGUUCAACAAAUCAUAAAUAUUAAUUAAGUCAGAAUCUUGAUUCAGUAUCAUAAUUUUUUAUUUUCCAUUAACACUUAAAUUUGUGUCAUUCUUAACAAUUAAUCUUACAUUAAAGUAUUUGUUUUCUGAAAGUCACCUCGCAGAAGAAGAUAAAUCAUCUUGACUUUAUAUUUGUAGAGAGAGGUUUUCCCAUUCACUUCAAUACAGUCAGAUUGUUUUUUGUUUUUUGGAGCAGCAUCUAGUGGACAUCGGAGGAACAGCAGCUGACUGACUCACAUUUAUCAGGUUAAUAUUGUCUGCAUAACUCUGAACACAGUAUUGAGGAUUGAAUAAUCAAUCAAUCAAUCAGAAUAAUCAAACUACAAGUUCACAAAGAAAAUUCUGAGGGUUUUUUUUUCUGCUUUAAAUCUCCUCUCACCUGAUAAAAAAAUGUAUCUGGUUUCAAAUAUUUAUAUGUGUAAUAGUUACUGAUUUACUUUCCUUCACUAGAGUGUAUCUCUGCUGAAUAAAGUCAUAUUGGGAACGUUUGUGGUGUGUAUCACUUAUUAUUAUUACUGACUCAUCAGGUGACACAUUAUUUACAUUCAGUUUCAUUCAUUUCUCAAUUUAAUCCAGACAAAUUAAUGAUUAAUAUCAGGGUUGUUGAGGGAUUUUAUGUGGUUGAUUCUACAGCAGUUGUUGAUGUUUAAAAGCUACUCAGUUACUUGUUUGCUGAUGUUUUUAAUAAACAUCUCUGUUUGUCUGAUAAACAACAUUAUCUGCUUUCAAAUGUUUUAUGUAAAACUGAUCGAAGUAAAGUCACUUACUGAUGGAUCUGCUUUCCUUCAAUACAUUGCCGGGGUUGAUUUUCUUGCUAUUAAGGGCAUCUUUGGUGCCUUUAGUUCAUUCAAUCCAAUUUAACUCCCAGCAAACACACCUCUGGGCAUAGUGAUACAUCCACAUUUAAUAUUGAACAUAACAUAUUCUG